AUGGGUAGCUCUUCUGUGAGUGCUAUCAGUGGGACUCGGAUUUCAUCAGGUAAGACCGAUUCUGAAGUUUCAGUUGACUGCCAUUUUGAAGCAGAGAAAGAGCUUAGGAGCCCUCUUUGGAACGCAAUUAUCAUUGUCAUUCCCCUCACACCACUGGGAGCCUUGACUCCAAGGGUCGUGGAGACUAAUUUGGUUGCUUUUGACUGUCACUGGAUCAUUAUAAAUGAGGAAAUAAAUGAUGUGGAUGUGCAGGAACUGGUGAGAAGGUCAAUUGGAAGGUUAACAAUUAUUCGACAGACGUUUCCAGUCCCCCAAAACAUAAGUCAACGCUGUUUCCGUGGCAACCACAGAAUAUCUUCAUCACUGUGUGAUCCAAAGGACCCUUUCUCCCAAAGCAUGGAGAUUUCAAACCUGUAUAUAUACGACACCGUCCUCCUGUUGGCAAACGCCUUUCAUAAGAAGCUGGAGGACAGGAAGUGGCACAGUAUGGCCAGCCUCACCUGCAUCAGGAAGAACUCUAAACCCUGGCAAGGAGGACGAUCAAUGUUGGAAACCAUUAAGAAGGGUGGAGUGAAUGGCUUGACUGGAGAACUGGAAUUUGCAGAAAAUGGGGGGAAUCCUAAUGUGCAUUUUGAAAUUUUGGGGACAAAUUAUGGAGAAGAUCUUGGCAGAGGCAUCCGCAAGCUCGGCUGCUGGAAUCCCAUCACUGGUCUGAAUGGGUCACUAACAGACAGAAAGUUGGAGAACAACAUGCGAGGAGUGGUUCUGCGUGUGGUAACUGUGCUGGAAGAGCCCUUUGUCAUGGUGUCUGAAAAUGUCCUGGGAAAACCGAAGAAGUAUCAGGGCUUCUCAAUAGACGUGUUGGAAGCCUUGGCCACUUACCUAGGCUUUAAAUACGAAAUUUAUGUUGCCCCGGAUCACAAGUAUGGGAGUCCUCAGGAUGAUGGGUCAUGGAACGGACUGAUAGGAGAACUGGUAUUUAAGAGAGCUGAUAUAGGGAUCUCUGCCUUAACCAUCACCCCGGACAGGGAAAAUGUGGUGGACUUCACAACACGUUACAUGGACUACUCGGUGGGUGUCCUGCUUCGAAAGGCGGAGAAGACAGUGGACAUGUUUGCCUGCCUGGCACCGUUUGACCUCUCCCUGUGGGCAUGCAUAGCUGGCACUGUGCUGUUAGUAGGGCUACUGGUCUACCUCUUGAACUGGCUCAACCCCCCGCGCCUUCAGAUGGGAUCCAUGACCUCCACAACCCUCUACAACUCCAUGUGGUUUGUGUACGGAUCCUUUGUGCAACAAG